GACCUGUGGUGUACUGGAAUAGGGAAAAUAUCGUGGCCCUUAAGCAUCUCAAGUGGCUGGAAGCAGAGAACAGGGAGGAAAUGAGUGGGAGAUAAAUCAUCCAAAGACAUGCCUGUGUCUAGCUUGGCAAGCUGCUAUGGCAUCUGGACCUAAAAUGUCGGCCCCCCAGUGUCUGAUAGAAAAUAUUAAUGAGCAGCUGUCAGUGAACCAGGAAGCCAUACAGAUUCUUGGUAGGAUUUCGAAUCCAGUGGUGGUGGUGGCCAUUGUUGGACUGUACCGUACUGGAAAGUCCUACUUGAUGAACCGCCUGGCAGGAAGGAACAGUGGUUUCCCUCUGGGCUCCACAGUGCAAUCUGAAACCAAAGGCAUCUGGAUGUGGUGUGUGCCCCACCCAACCAAGCCAAACCAAACGCUGGUCCUUCUGGACACUGAGGGGCUGGGUGAUGUAGAAAAGGGUGAUCCUAAGAAUGACUCCUGGAUCUUCGCCCUGGCCGUGCUUCUGAGCAGUACCUUUGUCUACAACAGCAUGGGCACGAUCAACCACCAGGCCCUGGAGCAGCUGUAUUACGUGACAGAACUCACAGAACUAAUCAGGGCAAAGUCCUCCUCAAAUUCUGAUGGAGUAAAAGAUUCCACAGAGUUUGUGAGUUUCUUCCCCAGCUUCAUCUGGACUGUUCGGGAUUUCACUCUGGAGCUGAAGUUGCAAGAUCAGCCUGUGACAGCGGAUCAGUACCUGGAGCAUGCCUUGAAGCUGAUUAAAGGUAACAAUCCCAGAGCACAGAAAUCCAAUCUUCCCAGGGAGUGCAUCAGGAAUUACUUUCCAUAUCGGAAGUGUUUUGUCUUUGAUUGGCCAACAAAUGACAAAAAUCACCUACUCAAACUGGAGAACAUCUCAGAAGACCAACUGGACCCUAAAUUCCUAGAACAAACACACAGUUUCUGUUCUUAUGUCCUCACUAAUGCACAGAUCAAGACCCUCAAAGAAGGAAUUGUUGUCACUGGGAAUCGGCUGGGGGCUCUGGUGGAGACCUACGUGAAGGCCAUCAACAGUGGGGCCGUGCCUUGCCUGGAAAACGCAGUGACCACUCUGGCCCAGCGUGAGAACACAGCAGCAGUGCACAAGGCAGCUGACUUCUACAGUGAGCAGAUGGCCCUGCGCCUGCGGCUCCCCACAGACUCGCUCCAGGAGCUACUGGACGAGCACAUAGCCUGUGAGAAGGAGGCCAUCGCUGUCUUCAUGGAGCUCUCCUUCAAGGAUGAAGACCAGGAAUUCCAGAAUCAGCUGGUGAAAAUUAUAGAGAAUAAGAAGGCGGAUUUCUUGCUGAAUAAUGAAAAGGAAUCUGAUCAAUACUGCCAGGAUAAAAUGAAUCUACUUUCAAAAGCAUUAAUGGAAAACAUUUCAGCAGGAACUUUCUCUGUUCCUGGAGGGCACCAGCUAUACAUGGAAGCAAGGCAAAAAGUUGAAAAGGACUAUUGGCAAGUGCCUGGGAAAGGAGUCAAGGCAGGGGAGGUCUUCCAGAGGUUCCUGAAGUCACAGGCAGCAAUAGAAGAAUCUGUUCUGCAUUCAGAUAAAGCUCUUAGUGAUGGUGAGAAGGCUAUGGCAGCUGAGAAGGCCAAGAAGGAAGCAGCUGAGAAGGAACAAGAACUUUUAAGGCAGGAAGUACAGGAACAAGAGCAGAAGAUAGCAGCUCAAGAGAGGACUAUGAAAGAAAAUAUGGAACAACUAGAAAAGAAGCUGAUAUCGGAGAGAGAAAACAUCCUAAGAGACCAGAAAAAAAUAUUAGAUCAGCAACUUAAGUUGCAAAAGGAUUAUCUUGAAGAAGGAUUUAGGAAUAAAUCUGCAGCAAUGAAUGAAGAAAUAAAUAACUUGAAGAAAAGAAUACAAUCCAUGGAAAAUGAUGGCGCAUCUUUCAUUGAGCAAGCCUUGAUUGGCUUUGGGAGAGCAAUAGCUUCAGUAGUGUUUGCUCCUGCUACAAUAAUGGUUGGAUUUGUAAAGGGAAUUUCUUCAAUCUUUAAAUAAAAUUAUCUCUACUUCUAAAGAAAUGAUA